AUGGUCAUGAUGAUUACCGCACCACAGCGGCGGUUACUCGUCCUCCUAUCGACCUUCUUUUUUGUAUUCAGCAUCUUCUACUGCUGCUCGCGACUCGCAUCAUUGUCCGUUGGACCAAAAAUAGUCGAAGAACCAGACCCAGUUCCGCAAGUCGAUUUGCUGAAAGCCGAUAAUCCCAUGUCCUACGGAAUGUACAAUCGGCCGACCUACGAUGGCAUCGACCUUGUCAGGAACCUACCAAGCGAACACAUCCCAACACCCAAGAACAAAAGACGGCUGGUCGUGGUUGGCGAUAUACACGGCAUGCUUGACCCUUUCGAGAAACUGCUCAAGAAGAUUAAAUUUAACCCGGAAACCGACCAUGUUAUUGCGGUCGGCGACAUGAUCAACAAGGGCCCCAAGUCCUCUGAAGUUAUCGCCCGUCUGAUGGAGAUCAAAGCCAGCGCUGUGCGCGGGAAUCACGAAGAUCGCGUAAUCCUCGCAUGGCGCGGUCUCAGUAGUCAACAGGGUGUCGCAGCCUACCUCGAUUCCGAAAGUGCCGCUAAACAUCGUGGUGAGGGGGAGGACCUGAAAACAGCGCGCAGUCUGACUGAGCCACAAAUGACUUGGCUCAAGAGAUUGCCCGUCAUCUUAUCAGCCGAGCCUAUGGCCCUCUAUUUUGUACAUGCCGGCCUCGUUCCAGGUGUACCUCUGCCGCAACAAGAUGCAUGGGCUGUCAUGAACAUGCGCACCUUGCGUUUUCCGCGCGAAGAGUUUCGUAGGAAGGAAAUUGAAAAGAAGCGUAAGCAAGCAGAGAAACAACGGCAGAAGGAGUUAGAGAAGGCACAACAGGACGCAGCAGCUUCCCUUCAGCGAAGAUAUAUCCCCGGAGCAGAGGGCGCCAAUUCGAAGGACCAUGCCGCUCGGGCUGAGCCUGUAGAGGUCGACCCUGCAAGCACCGCAACCUCAACUGACGAAAACGUCGACUUGGAACGCACCAACCCGGAUCGCGAUAUUUGGCUCCCUAUUGAUGGGCACGAAGGCGAGCGAUGGACGAAAAUGUGGAAUAAGGCACAAAAGAAGCUACCCGGGCAUGAGCGCCGUUCUGUUGUAUAUGGCCAUGACGCUAAGAUGGGCUACCAGGAGGAUUCAUAUACUUUUGGCUUGGACUCUGGUUGCGUCAAGGGUAAUGCUUUGACAGCAUUAAUUAUUCAGGCGAACGAGGAAGGAGGGUGGAAACAUUCUACUCACCAAGUUACGUGCAAAAAGGGUUGGUGGUGA